AUGGCCGGCGGCGUCGGCGAGGCUGCUCUGAUACUCGGCCUCAUCUCUAUCAUUAUUAUUGUAGACGAGACGAAGAAGAUUUACGAUGCGGCGCAUGAUAAGAGUGGCCUUCCGAAGGUCUUUCGCGAGGUCCACAGCAGAUUGCCCAUCGUAGCGUCUAUCUUGGAAGAAGCCAGGCGGCAGAACCAGAGUACCCAGCAGUUCGACACCAAGAUCCAACCUCUGCUACAGAGCUGCGAGGAUGAUUCAAAAGACCUUCGUACGAUCUUCGACAAGGUCAUCUCGACGGACAAUGUACCGUCGUACGAGCGGUACAGCAAGGCUGCGAGAGCCGUCAAGCCAGGCAGGACGAGAAAGGUGGAGAGCCUGAUGGCAGAUAUCCUGAAGAACCUGCAGUUGUUGGAGACACACCACCUGUUCAAGAAUGUGGCUACGGCGCAAGAGCUGAGAAGCGCGUUGGGGGAAAUGCUGAAGAUUGAGAAAGAGGAGCCCUCUCUGCCCGAUGAUCCCAGCACGACCAUAUACUCCACGGGUCAGGGUUCCAACUUGAACACCGGGUCGGGGACGCAGAAGAUUCAGCAGACGUUUGGGGCAGGGCCGACGUGGAACGUUGAGAAUUAUCAUGCUGCACAAGUCGUUGUGACCGGCCUCGGCGGCACAGGGAAGACUCAACUCGUCCUAGACUUCGUGGAGAACCACAAGGACGAUUAUGACACUGUGGUUUGGCUGAACGCCAGCAGCGCCAAGAAUCUUCGAUCCAACUUCGCAGUCUGCUGCAAUGAGCUCUAUCUCAAACAACCCGCCUGGUCCAAUAGCUCUUCGAGAAUCGAGGACGAACCCAGCGUUCGAGCGGCGCUGCAGUGGUCCCGGCGGCGCAGAGAAGAUCAGAAGUGGCUGGUCGUGCUCGACAACGCCGACGAUGCCUCUCAGUGUCCCUAUGAUGUUGUUCCUAAAGGCGUGGGCGGGACUCUGAUCAUCACGAGCCGUGAGAAAGCCUCUCGGCUGGUGGACAACAAGGGAGAGACUCUUGAAGUGGAUGCGAUGGAUCUCGACGAGGCUAUGUCACUGCUAUUCCGGUCUGCAGGCAUUAGUGAGCACAAGCUUCGAGGCUCCAGUCUGGCUCUACCGGAACGGAUUGUCGAGCAUUUGGAUCGACUGCCGCUGGCUAUCAGUCUGGCUGGCGCCGCGAUCUCUGACGAGCUUCUACUCGACGACGACGUCGAAGCCACUUUACAAAAGUAUUUCAAAGACCUUGAACAGCACCGUGACCCUCUCCUGAAGACAGACGAUUCUGCAGGCCUAUCUUCCUACGAUAAGACGAUCUGGACGGUCUGGAGCUCAACGUUCUCCGCCAUCGAGAAAUUAUAUCCCGAUGUACCUGCUGUGCAGCUGCUCACAUUCUUGACGUAUGCUGACAGGUCAUGCAUUCAACACGAGCUUUUCCGCCUCUCGGCUGUAGAGUAUUCGGCCCAGCUUUCUUGGGAGGAAGUUGUAAUACCUCAAUGGCUGAAAGAUAUACUGGCGCCAGAACAGACGAAGGACAGAGUGUGGGACGAUCAUCACUACCGCGAGACCCUCAAGCCGCUGCUACGUUACGGUCUGGUGCGAUCCGUCAACGGCCCCGCCGGUAUGAAAGGAAUCACCAUGCAUGGCUUAGUGCGAUGGAGAGCGCAGCAACAACCAGACUUUGUGAAUUACUGGGCCGCCUACGUUGGCUGGAUGUAUCUCAUCUUACGACAUGAUACCUUGUUCACAGAAGACAGGCCUUUCUAA